GAAUAAUAUCUGGAUUUUAAGAAAGAAUAAUAUGUAGAGUCUAAGAAAAUAUAGAUGAGUCUGGUCACGUGUUGGACGAUUUGAAUGAGAAGUUAAUCACGGCAUAGAAUAGCGCAAACGUAUUUGAGUCAAACGAAUACUCGGUCAGCAUUAACCGGUCUAUGUCAAGAUGUUUGUUGGGUCGAGUAAACUUCAGACUCUCAUCCUCUUCACAAUUUAGUCUGUGUUGUUCUUUUCAAACUUUUCAUGUUUACCGUACAGCACUGGUAUUCAGCUUCAAACCUUCAAUUUGCGGCCAAAAAUGGAGUUCUGGGGGUUCAGUACUAGCAUUUGGUCGAUUAUCUUACAUCUCUUUCUCCUUAUUUCAGCCUCUUCAGGUCUAGGAGGAGGUCAAUUGGAUAAGCUGGCAUUGCUAGCCUUGAAAGCUGAAAUGAAUGAUACCCUUGGCAUCCUUAGCUCAUGGAAUGAAUCCCUACCUGUCUGCAAGUGGCCAGGCAUUCAUUGCAGUCGAAAACACCCGAGAGUCACGGUGCUGGACCUCCAAUCAAGACAGCUGAAGGGUCACCUGUCUUACCACAUCAGAAACUUGAGCUUUCUCAGGGUAUUAAACCUCCAAAACAAUAGCUUCAGCCAGUUCAUCCCUAAGGAAAUUGGUUCAUUGUCCAAGCUUCAGGUACUUAAUUUAGGUAAGAACAAUUUAAUAGGAGAAAUCCCAGCUUGUUUUGGAAAUCUUUCUUUUCUUCAUAUGUUAUCUGUGGAACAAAAUAAACUGGUUGGAGCUAUUCCAAGUAGCAUUGGGAAAUUGAAAAGCUUAACAUUUCUUGCACUGGGUACAAAUUAUUUGACUGGUACUAUCCCUUCCUCCAUAUACAACCUCUCUUCAAUCAAACACAUAUCAGUGCUUGGUAACCAACUUCAUGGAACUCUUCCUUUUGGAUUGGGGCUCUCAAUAUUUCCAAAACUCGAAACCUUUCAUUUUCACAUGAACCAAUUCAGUGGAGAAAUACCGAUUACAAUCACCAAUGCCACCCACAUCUCAGAAUUUGGAAUCUUACAGAACAAUUUUACUGGCAAAGUACCUAGCAUGGCAAGGAUGCCAAAUCUAUCUAGUGUUGAAAUGGAUGAUAACAAUCUUGGAUAUGGGGCUGAUGAUUUGGGUUUUGUCUCUUCUCUGGUCAACAGCACUAAAUUAGAGCUGUUGGGAUUUAGUGGAAAUAAAUUUCAAGGAGUCCUACCUGAGUCCAUAAGCAAUCUCUCAACAAAGCUCAAGGCAAUUAGAUUGGGAAGAAAUCAGAUACGCGGAAGCAUUCCAAUUGGGAUUGGAAAUCUCAUCAACUUGGGGAUACUAGGCUUGGAGACCAACCUAUUAACAGGCCCUAUACCAAGCUCAAUUGGUAAACUACAUAAGCUGUAUAAUCUGUUUCUGAAUGACAAUCAGCUGUCAGGUACUAUCCCAUCUUCUCUAGGAAAUCUAACUUCACUAAGCAGAUUGGUUCUCUCGUCAAACAAGUUACAAGGAGGAAUACCACGGAGUCUCGGUGAAUGCAACAACUUGCUUGUUUUGGUUCUUUCUCAAAAUAAUCUUAGUGGUUUCAUUCCACCUGAAAUCCUCAGUUUAUCCUCCUUGUCACAAGUUUUGGAUUUGUCUAGUAACCAUUUUACUGGUCCCAUUUCUAUUGAAGUAGGUAGGUUAGAGAAUCUUGUUGCCUUGGAUGUUUCUGAAAACAAGUUAUCAGGUUUGAUUCCAACGUGCUUGCAGAGUUGCAGAAGAUUGGCAACUUUGCAUUUGGAAGGGAACUUUUUGCAAGGGAUGCUUCCGUAUGACUCCUUCCAGAGUAUGAGAGGAAUUGAAUAUCUUGACUUAUCUCGCAACAAAUUGUCUGGCAAGAUUAAUGCCGUGGAGGGACUCCCAUUUUUGCAUUAUUUGAACCUGUCAUUUAAUGAUUUUGAUGGUGCAGUACCAACGGAAGGAGUUUUCCAGAAUACUAGUGCGUUUUCUAUCAUAGGAAACACACGGGUUUGUGGAGGUAUACCUAGCUUAAGACUUCCUAGAUGCAUCUCCAAUGAAUCUAAUAAUUCCGAGGAAGAAUCAAUUCCCAAGGUGAAAAUAAUUAUCUCAAUUGCAUGUGGCGGGAUUAUUGUUAUCAUAGUGUUGUGCAUUGUGCUUAUUAUUAGAUCAAGAAAAGCAUUGUGCCUUUUACAUUUUCACCAAUUAAGAAAAGCAUUGGUUAAAUCAACAUCAAGAUCAUCCUCAUUGGGGGUUUCACACUUGAAAGUGUCAUAUGGAGAUCUUCUCAAAGCAACUAAUGGGUUCUCUUCCCAGAAUUUGAUUGGUAGUGGUAGCUUUGGGUCUGUGUAUAGGGGAAUUCUCCAUCAGGAAGAAAGAAUUGUUGCAGUGAAAGUACUCAAUCUUCAAAGUUCAAGAGAAAGUUUUAUAGCUGAAUGUGAAACCUUGAAAAGCAUGAGGCACCGGAAUCUUGUCAAACUACUAACUGCUUGUGCAAGUAUUGAUUUCAAAGGAAAUGAUUUCAAAGCUUUGGUGUAUCAGUUUAUGAUGAAUGGAAGUUUAGAAGAAUGGCUGCACAGUUCAGCUGAUAGACUACCUGGGGCUCCCUUUGUGCAAGGGUAUUUGAAUCUUAUUCAGAGGGUAUACAUUGCCAUUGACAUAGCUACUGCUCUGGAUUAUAUGCACAAUUUCUUUCACAAGCCAAUAGUUCAUUGUGAUUUGAAGCCUAGUAACAUUCUCUUGGACAAUGACAUGAAUGCCUGUGUUGGUGACUUUGGUUUAGCAAGGUACCUCCCAAAUCCACUUCAUGCACAUGAAAGCGCUCCCAGUGCAAUAAUGGGUUCUAUCGGCUAUACUGCUCCAGAGUAUGGUAUGGGAAGUCCAGUGUCAACAUAUGGCGACGUGUAUAGCUUCGGGAUCUUGUUAUUGGAGUUGUUUACGGGCAAGAGGCCAACUGCUGACAUGUUUACAGAUGGUCUGAACCUACACAACUAUGUUCUGUUGACUUUGCCUGAAUGUGUGAAAGAAAUAUAUGAUCCGGUGCUUCUUCAAAGUAAAGAACACAGCACUAUCAUUAAUGCCAAGAUGAGCAACAGGAAUCACAUCCACAAUGAUCAAAGACAAAGGGUUGAAGAAUGCUUGGUUUCCAUUGCUAGGAUAGGAGUUGCUUGUUCAGUAGAGUUGCCCAAAGCGCGUAUGAAGAUUGGCGCAGUGUUAUCUGAAUUACGUCUAAUAAGAGAUGUACUAACUGGAACCAAGAUGCCUAGAAAGCAUAUGAUAAAGCCUAUAAUGUAACUAAUACAACUAUAUACGUGGUAGUGGUCGGGAUCAUGGAAACGUGAUAGUCCCGGUCCACCCAAUAAUUACUCAUCUAUAUGUACUGGAUUUUGACUUUCA